CACUGCUGCCACGUCUAAACUUCUCUGCAUCUAUGAUCAGGUGCAUGGUGAUCGUCUAACCUAAAAUGCGCACCUCAUGCACCCCGCACCCGAGAUAAUUCACGAUAACCGUCUAUUUUCGCGGUAACGCUAUUUUUCCUCGCACCCGCUCGUAACGUAAGUCGUCCACGGGUAACGCAGGUCGUGCCACACGUCGUUUUUACACGAGUGUCGCGAGAUUGACGGGCGUGAACCGUCGUCGCGACGUGUCCCCGAUCGCGGGCAAUUACAUAAAUAACCCGUUUUACAGACUUAAUGACAAUGCUGCAGUUCAACGCGAUGCUGUGCACAGCGACCGCCAGGCUCGCGCCUCGCUCAUCCUGGCGUUUCACCGCUCUCGUGGCCUGCAAUUCCAGCACGGCGGUUACCGGCGAGCAACCCGCUGCUGCGUCGAUGAACGAGGACAACAGUGUUAAGUUCUCAAAAACGCAAGCCGUCUCGCAGAAGGAAGAGGAGCAGAAGCCUAAAGAGACCGGUAUCCAGACGAAACCUCAUACAGAGGGAAGGAGCAAUAGAAAGAAAUGGUCGAAUGAAAAUGAUACAAUAUUUUUCAAACAAUUUCAAGCGGCCAAGUCUGUGAACGACUUGCUGGACUUGGCAGUAUUACCAACUCUGUCUAUAACCAAUGCCCUGAAGCUGAUAUCAAGCAUAACUAAUCAGAUAAACAGCGGGAAAUCGCAGAUGGUAGACAUCGAGACUGACGAGAGAUUUAUUCAUCUCAGGAAGCUAGUUAAGAACAGUGGUGAGAAAACUCGUGAGACGUCGAACAAUCUGUCAAAAUACUCCCAGUUAUCUACACCUUCAAUGAUUGCAGUGAUAGCGUCGUUAAGAGAACAAGGGAAGAGAAAUACUCCGCUAUUAAAGAUGUUGUCGUACAAUAUUGUCAAAUACAACAUAGAACUGGAUUUGAAGCAAUGUGCAACUUUGUUAUAUAGCAUGGCCGUACUUAAUUUUCGAGACAAGGUCUUGUUGGAAAAAAUCACAUCUGACUUACUAGCGUGUAUACCAAACAGCCAAAACGCCGCCAUAAACAAAUCCAUAAUAACGUCACUCGGAUUUCUGCGUUACAAGAAUGUGAAUGUACUCGAUGCAUUCUGCGACACGUUCUUUAAGAAAUCAAUGGAUUACACAUUGUUGGAUUAUUCAUCAAUACUACAAACGUUUGCGGCUCUACAAUAUAAAUCGCAGAAAGCAAAUUCAUUUAUCGAGAAAUUUGCAGACCACGCAAACCCCUUUCAACUGUCUUGGACUGAAUGGUUGGAUAUUGUUUGGUCCUUAGCAGUUUUAGAUGCAGUGACACCACAACACGUAAGAUCCGUGCUGGAGCCUGCAUUUAUAGAAAAUUUAACCGCCUCUAACCAGCUAAAUAUAUCAAAGGUAUUAAAAUUAUUAAAUAUCAACGCCGUUGCACAAUUUGUACUGACGAAUUAUAAAGGACCUCUUUUAAAGGAAGACUCAGAAUUUAAUAAUGUGUCUAUAGUUAGAUCAAAGGAAAAACAAAUGUACAUAAAUGCGUUGUUGGAAACACUAACGGAAACAUUACUGUCUCCAUCCUAUUUUAAAACAAAUUUUGAUACAGGCAUGGGCUUCUCGUUAGAUGCGGAAUAUCGCAUAAAUGAUCAACAUAGGCUUGUAAAAGUGGAAGAUUGGAAUGAACAGUCGAAUAAUGUACGAAGGAUAGGAAUAAUGGUGCACGAUUAUCGUGAUUAUUGCAUAGGACAGAACGAUCUCGUAGGAUCGACGUAUUUAUACACACAAUUAUUAAAAGCCAGAGGAUACAACCUCAUACAACUUUCUUAUGAAAACUUCAGUGUACAGGACAAUAUAAAAAAAAGGAUCAAUUACUUGAAGCAAUGCAUGAACAGUGUACAGGAAGUGACGUCGGUAAAACAAACAAAUUCAAUAUAGUGCAGUGUUGGCUUAGUCCAAUAAAAUCCAAAUAAAUAUUUAAAAAGAAUGUAUAAAUAGACGCUUUCAUUGUUCCUUAUAUAUUCCAAAUUGGGAAAUUAAUUAAAUGUUAUUGCUUAGUUACUAAA